AUGGCGAACGAACAGGAGACGAGGAUCUUAAAUGAAAUAGGAAAACCGUCACUCGAUGGUUUACCUGCGAGCAUCAAUGCACCAAUAAUCAAUAAUAAUUUCGAGAUCAAAUCUGGCACCAUAUCGAUGUUGCAGAAUGCGGUGCAAUUUUAUGGCAAGGAUCAUGAGGAUCCUAGUGUCCACAUCACGGGUUUUCUGGAGGUUUAUGCCACGUUUAGGAUUUGUGAUGCAUCAUCAGAUGCUAUACGCCUUUGGCUUUUUCCAUUUUCUCUACGGGAUGGAGCCAAAGAGUGGCUUCUUUCACUUCCGGCUGGAUCUAUCACUACAUCGAAUCAAUUAGCUGAGAAGUUACUUCAGAAAUAUUUCCCUCCAGAGAAAACAGUUCGGUUGAGAACCAAGAUUAUCAGCUUUCGUCAGGACGAGGAUGAGUCCCUUUACAAGGCGUGGUUGCGUUUUAAAGAGCUUAUGAGAAAGGUCCUAGAUCAUGGGCUACCCAAGUGGCAACAAUGUCAGAUCUUCUACCAUGAUUUGGAUAGUCAGGGACAGAUGAUAGUUGAUACAUACUUGGGUGGAGACAUUGGCACGAAAAAUGCCACCGAGGCAUUUGAGAUUCUAGAGAGAUGUGCCACGAAGAAUCGAACACAGCAGCCACCGAGGGGGAAGAGUUCUCGACAGGGAGUUCAUCAUGUGGACGACUUCACAGCUAUGACAGCACGUAUGGAUGCCUUAUCUUCGAAAUUUGAUCGAGUGAUGGAGAUGCACUCGAGUGGUUCUUCGAUUGGGGGAGCAUACCAUGUAGGCGAUUUUCCGACGGGAGAGAUGUCACACGAGCAUGUUGAUUUCAUGGGAAACCAAUACCGUCCUCAGAAUAAUCCCUACAGCAAUACUUAUAAUCCGGGGUGGAAGAAUCACCCAAAUUUCAGUUGGAAGCCUGACGCUUCUAAUCAGCAUCCACCCGGAUUUGCUCCACGUCCCACAACUCCAGCUCAAGGAGCAUAUGGUCCACCUCAACCUCAGCAGACACCUUCCAUUAGCAAACCUAGUGUUCAUGAUAUGCUUAGUCAAAUCUAA